AUGGACGUGUGGGGCCCAGCCCGCGUCUGUGGACAGGGUCACGAGCGCUACUUCGUGUUGGUGGUUGACGACUACUCCCGUUACACCACAGUCUUCCCCUUGCACAGCAAGGGUGAUGUCACUGAGGUGUUGAUUGACUGGAUCCGCGCAGCUCGUCUCCAGCUCAGGAAGAGUUUCGGCUCGGACUUUCCUAUUCUGCGUCUGCACUCUGACAGAGGCGGAGAGUUCUCCUCUAGCCUUCUGCGAGCCUACUGUCGUGCACGAGGCAUCCGCCAGACCUUCACGCUUCCGGACUCUCCACAGCAAAAUGGGAUUGCUGAGCGCCGCAUUGGCAUGGUCAUGGACGUCGCCCGUACGUCCAUGAUGCAUGCGGCUGCCCCCCAUUUUCUGUGGCCGUUUGCGGUUCGGUACGCGGCGCAUCAGAUCAACCUUCAGCCCGAGGUAGACGCAGUCGAGCCUGUGGAGGUUGCUGGUGACUUUGGUGCUGCUGAGGGUGCUGAGCCUCGGGGUGCUGACUCCGGGGGUGCUGAGCGUGUGGGUGCUACGCCUGGGGGUACUGUGUCUGGGGGUGCUGAGCCUGGGGGUGCUACGACUGGGGGUGCUGAGCCUGGGGGUGCUACACCUGGAGGUGCUGAGCCUGGGGGUGCGGAGCCUGAGGGAGCUGGGCCUGCUCGUGUGGCGUCUGGCGGUGCUGGGCCUGGAGGUUCUCCGGGUGCUCCGCGUGCUUUUGAAGUUGGAGAUUCUUCGGUUGCUGAGGGUGCUGGUGCCACGGGUCCCGAAGGUGUUCGUACUAGGAGUACUGGAGCUGCUGGGCCUGCGGGUACUACUGGAGCUGGAGCCACUGCGUCUUCUCGUGGUCCGACUGGAGCAGGAGUUGUUGAGGGUGUUGGCGCCGGCGGUACUGGAGAUGGUCCUUCUGGGGGUACUACUGGUGCUGCUGGAGGUCCUGGAGCUACUCGAGCUGCUGGGGGUACUGGAGCUGGAGGUGCUGCUGGCGCUGGUGCUACCGCUAGGGGUGCUGGAGCUGUCCCUGCUAUGUCUGGAGUCGCUGCGCGGCCUCGGCCGUACUUUGUUCCGCUCCUUGAGCAGGUUCUUGGUCUCCCGCCUUUUACUGGUCCUCCUUCUCCCUUAGAGUGUCCACAUCCUCUCCCGUCACAGUUACAGUUACAGCCGGCCUCCCCACUGCCUGCUCCUUCUCCCUACACUGGUCGUACUGGAGGUCUUGCUGAGCGUCGUGAGCCUGCGUCUCGUCCUGCGUCGCCUGUCCGUGCUGCUCGCGCUGGUGGUCGUGGUUCGCGUCCGCGUCCUCCCGCUGUGCCCGGCACGCACUGGAUGUCUCUGCGUCCGUCCACUGCUCCUCAGCGUGCCCCUUUGCCUUCUCCUCCUGAGUCCUCUCUUCCUACUCUUGCCGACCCGGAGUCGGACUCUCUUUGUGCUGCCCGUCCUACUGUCACGCGUCUCCUGGCUACUGUCGUCACUGACCCUUCUUUCGAUUCCACUACUGCGUCUGCCCUAGUUGCUGAGCUCGUCGACUUUGCUGCUCGCUGUCGCCUAGACUACGCUGCUAAUCUUGUCGCUGAGCAGGAGGAGUUCCAGUGUUUGGCUGCUGCUUCACCUCAUCUCGUGUCCGUACUGCUUACCCCUGAGGGAGACCCGGAUGCACUUGACAUCCCGACUCCGCGCUCUUACGCGGAGGCGAUAGAGGGUCCCUACUCCUCUCAGUGGCAGGCAGCUAUGGACGUAGAGAUGGCUUCCUGGAAGUCCACAGGCACCUACGUCGACGAGGUUCCCCCGCCUGGGGCGAACAUCGUCAUUGGCAUGCGGAUUUUCAGGGUGAAGCGGCCGCCGGGUUCUCCGCCUGUCUUCAAGGCGCGUUACGUGGCUCGUGGCUUCAGUCAGCGGCAGGGAGUUGACUACUUUCAGACCUUCUCUCCCAACCCGAAGAUGACCACUCUUCGAGUACUGCUGCACAUAGCUGCUCACCGUGACUACGAGCUACACUCUCUUGACUUCAGCACUGCUUUCUUGCUGGGCAGCCUGCACGAGGAGAUCUGGCUGCGCCGCCCACUUGGCUUCACUGGGACUUUUCCUCCUGGCACCCAGUGGAGCCUCCGGCGGCCAGUCUACGGUCUCCGCCAGGCACCGCGUGAGUGGCACGACACACUGAGGACUACGCUUGCGGCUCUUGGGUUUGCUCCCUCUACUGCCGACCCGUUGCUGUUUCUGCGCACCGACACUUCUUUGCCGCCGUUCUACAUCCUCGUGUACGUCGACGACUUGGUCUUUGCCACAGCUGACACUGCUGGACUCGCCCACGUGAAGUCCGAGCUGCAGAAGAGACACACGUGCACAGACCUGGGUGAAGUGCGCAGCUACCUUGGCUUGCAGAUCAGCCGAGACAGAGCACGCCACACCAUUACCCUGACUCAGUCACACAUGGUGCAGCACGUCCUUCAGCGCUUCGGCUUCACGUACUCCUCGCCUCAGGCCACUCCUCUACCUACUCGCCACUCGCUCUCAGCUCUGCCUUUUGAUGAGUCCGUAGAGUCGAGUGGCCCGUACCCAGAGCUUGUUGGCUGCCUCAUGUACCUGAUAACCUGCACACGACCUGACCUUGCAUACCCUCUUAGCAUUCUCGCACGCUAUGUUGCUCCUGGGAGACACAGACCGGAGCACAUGGCUGCAGCGAAGAGGGUGUUGCGCUACUUUUGUGAGGCUGAGAUCUACGCAGGGGCCAUGGGUGCAGAGGAGCUACGCUGGCUCACCUACCUGCUGAUUGACCUCGGAGAGCCGCCUCGUUCUCCUCCAGUGCUGUACGUAGACAACAAGGCCAUGCUGGCCUUGUGUCGGGAACAGAGACUGGAGCACAGAACGAAGCACAUUGCUCUUCGCUACUUUCUUGCUCGUGAGCUACAGCACCGUGGUCAGCUGCGCCUUGCGUACGUGGCCUCUCAGGCCAACACUGCUGAUAUCUUCACCAAGGCACUUGCGCCUUGUGAUCAUCAGCGCUUCUGUACUCAGCUCGGUCUUGUGCCUACCUUGCCUCACUUGCUCACCCCUUGA